AUGUCAGACUCCACCAACUCAGCAAAUCCCCCUACUCCACAGGAUCCUCAGGAUCAGACGUCGCAAGAAUCCAACAAAACCCCACUACCUCUUCCGGCACCUACGGCUGAUGAGGGUACCACGCAGAUCAACGUCGGUGGGCAAGCGGUCAAGCUGGAUCAUCUGGGCCCUCUGGUAGUGAACAAGGAUGGCACAUUGUCGCGCAUCGCAAAUUGGGAGCAGAUGGCGGACAUCGAAAAGCAGAACACUUUGAGGAUUUUGGUGAAACGAAACCAAUUGAGGACAGAGGCUUUGAAGGAGAAAGCGGAUGGAGAGGGAGACGGGGCUUGA